GUAUAUAUAAAUAAAUUAUAUAUAUAUAUAAUUUGUUUUAUUAUAUUUUAUUUGAACUCCCUAGCAACAACCGUUGGUUUCCUGUGGUUAAACCUAAACGUUAAUCUUUUUUUAAAAAACACCUUUUCAGAAAGUGACACAAUUCGCUCAGGCUUCUUGCAGAUACAGGGAGUCUACCAGGAUCUCGCGCUGUGAUGAUGGAUCAGUGGGAGGAGAUCAGUGAGGAAGAGGAAGAGCAGCAGCCAUCUGAUCAGUCAGUCCUGCCCACAGGAAGCCAGAAUCAGCUGGAGGACGAGGAGAAGCCAACCCAGGCUCAAGAGGGCAACAGUGGUGAUGAGUGGGACACUGAUCUGGAAACAGACAAUGCCACCAAUGAGAAACAGUGUUUGUCCUGUGCAGAGCUGUACCUGCAGGCCUGUUUGUGGACAGGGUCCGUUCCCGUAUCCUCCUUCCUCCGUCACUUGGGUGAAGCCAGUAUCAACCUGAACCACUAUGGUGUGGGACCUCUGGGGGCCAAAGCUCUGGCUAUAGUUUUGCAAAAUGACAUUGUCGUCACCAACCUUGAGCUGGAGGACAACGGACUUGGGGCCGAGGGGGCAUGCUAUCUGGUGGAGAUGCUUCAAACAAACAGCAUCCAGAGUCUAAAUCUUUCCAACAACCAGCUGCAGCUUGAAGGAGCACACAUCAUCUCCAAAAUGCUGUUAGACAAUUACUACAUCAAAUCCCUCAAACUAUCAGGAAAUGAUUUUGAUGAUUCUGCUGUUAAAUACUUUGCUGAUGCUUUGAAGGGUGACUAUGUGGUCAAAGAGCUGGACCUCAGUCACAACAGGUUCUGUAACACAGGAGGAGAACACCUGGGUCAUAUGUUAGCCACAAAUGUAGGUAUUGAAGUCCUAAAUUUGAGCUGGAACCACCUUCGUAUGGGUGGUGCAGUGGCUCUGAGUGCUGGGCUGAAGGUGAACUCAACUCUGAAGCAGCUCCAACUGUCAUGGAACGGUUUUGGCCACAUCGAGGCAGAGUCACUGGGUCAAGCACUGAAACAAAACAGCACACUGGUGCUGCUGGACCUCAGCAGUAACCGUAUAGACGACCAGGCGGUGACACUUCUCUGCCAGGGCCUGGCCACCAACGACACCCUCAGGGUCCUCAAGCUCUCCCAUAACCCCCUGACAAAUAUCGGAGCGCUGACGCUGCUCAAAACAGUUACCAACAACAUGAAAUCAGCCGUGGAGGAAAUUGAUAUUUCUACAGUGUUUGUCUGUGAGGCCUUUGUGGAGCUGUUGGAAAAAGCCUGUCAGGGGCGUCCUGCUCUGGAUGUUCGACACAGCGCCAUGAGUUCUGUCACCAGGAACUCAUCCGCCCUCCAGAUCUUUCAGAAAUUCCUUGAAGAGCGAAAUGAGAGCACCAUGGAUUUCUUCCAAGCUUUGGAUAAAGAAGGAACCAUGAAGGUCUCCACCGCUGCCUUCAGAAAAGCUGUAACGGCAGCUAACAUACCUCUGGAUCAGCGGCAGCUUGAGUGGUUGAUCAGGACGUUUGACAAGAAAUGCACAGCCACCAUCAUCUACAGUCAGUUUGCUGAGCUGUCAUAGAUACAGAGAAGUACAGCACCACCAAGAUGAGGAUUAGGGAUAACAGAGGACACAUCUUCAAAUAAAAGUUAAUGGAGUCUGUUA